UCCAACUUUGCUGAAAGUUGCCGGACUCAGAGCUAGUGGAGGGACACCGGAUUGAGGGACAGGGCUGGAAGGGGAAUCAGCUAAGGACCUCACUGGCAGGGUCUGCAUGGGGAUGGAGCGGGCCUCAGGGGAAGGAGGGAGGGACCAGCUUGUGCCCUGGGAACUUCGACUGGGCCUGCUGCUGUGCGUGCUGGCCACCGCCCUGGCCCAGGCCCCGGCUCCGGAUGUGCCAGGCUGUUCGCGGGGAAGCUGCUACCCAGCUACAGGUGAUCUGCUGGUGGGCCGUGCUGACCGACUGACCGCCUCAUCCACCUGUGGCUUGCAGGGCCCCGAACCCUACUGCAUCGUCAGUCACCUGCAGGAUGAGAAGAAAUGCUUCCUGUGUGACUCCCGUCGCCCCUUCUCUGCUCGAGACAACCCAAACAGCCAUCGCAUCCAGAAUGUAGUCACCAGCUUUGCACCACAGCGCAGGACAGCCUGGUGGCAGUCAGAAAAUGGUGUCCCCGUGGUCACCAUCCAGCUGGACUUGGAGGCUGAGUUCCAUUUCACACACCUCAUUAUGACCUUCAAGACAUUUCGCCCUGCUGCCAUGCUGGUGGAACGCUCAGCAGACUUUGGCCGCACCUGGCAUGUGUACCGUUAUUUCUCCUAUGACUGUGGGGCUGACUUCCCAGGAGUCCCACUGGCCCCUCCACGACACUGGGAUGAUGUAGUCUGUGAGUCCCGCUACUCAGAGAUCGAACCAUCCACUGAAGGCGAGGUCAUCUACCGUGUGCUGGACCCUGCAAUCCCUAUUCCAGACCCCUACAGCCCACGGAUCCAGAACUUGCUAAAGAUCACCAACCUACGGGUGAACCUGACACGACUCCACACGCUGGGAGACAACUUGCUUGACCCACGACGGGAGAUCCGAGAGAAGUACUAUUAUGCCCUCUACGAGCUGGUUGUGCGUGGCAACUGCUUCUGCUACGGACAUGCCUCACAGUGUGCACCCGCCCCAGGGGCACCAGCCCAUGCUGAGGGCAUGGUUCAUGGGGCCUGCAUCUGCAAGCACAAUACCCGUGGUCUGAACUGUGAGCAGUGUCAAGAUUUCUAUCAUGACCUGCCCUGGCAUCCAGCUGAGGAUGGUCAUAGUCACGCCUGCAGAAAGUGUGAGUGCCAUGGGCACGCCCACAGCUGCCACUUCGACAUGGCAGUAUAUCUGGCAUCUGGCAACAUGAGUGGAGGUGUGUGUGAUGGAUGUCAGCACAAUACAGCUGGGCGUCACUGUGAGCUUUGCCGGCCCUUCUUCUACCGUGACCCAACCAAGGACCUGCGGGACCCGGCUGUGUGUCGCUCCUGUGAUUGUGACCCCAUGGGUUCCCAAGAUGGUGGUCGCUGUGAUGCGCAUGAUGAUCCUGCACUAGGACUAGUCUCAGGCCAGUGUCGCUGCAAAGAACAUGUGGUGGGCCCUCGCUGUCAGCAGUGCCGUGACGGCUUCUUUGGGCUCAGUGCCAAUGAUCCUGCAGGCUGCCAGCAGUGUCAAUGUGAUGCACGGGGCACAGUACCUGGGCAUACCCCUUGUGAUCCCAACAGUGGAAUCUGUUUCUGCAAGCGUCUUGUGACUGGACGUGGCUGCAAUCGCUGUCUGCCUGGCCACUGGGGCCUAAGCCAUGAUCUGCUUGGCUGCCGUCCAUGUGACUGCGACGUAGGUGGUGCCUUGGAUCCCCAGUGCAACGAGGCCACAGGUCAGUGCCAGUGCCGCCAGCACAUGGUAGGGCGACGUUGUGAACAAGUGCAGCCUGGCUACUUCCGACCCUUCCUAGACCACCUAACUUGGGAAGCUGAAGACACACGAGGGCAGAUGCUGGAUGUGGUGGAGCGCCUGGCAUCUCCCGGGGCAGCUUUAUCCUGGACGGGCCCAGGCUUCGUUAGGCUGCGAGAAGGCCAAGUACUAGAGUUCCAGGUGGCUUCUGUACCAAAAGCCAUGGACUAUGACCUGCUGCUGCACUUGGAGCCCCAGGUCCCUGAACAAUGGGCAGAAAUAGAACUGACUGUGCAGCGCCCAGGACCUGUGUCUGCUCACAGCCCUUGUGGGCAUGUACUGCCCAAAGAUGACCGCAUCGCAGGGACUCUGCAACCAGACACCAGGUACAUGGUGCUUCCAAGACCUGUAUGCCUUGAGCCUGGCACAUCCUACAAGCUGCAUCUGAAGCUGGUGCGAACAGGAGGACGUACCCCAUCUGAGGCUCCCCACUCUGGACCCAGCCUACUCAUUGACUCGCUGGUGCUGCUGCCCCAAGUCCUGGUGCUGGAAAUGUUCAGUGGGGGUGAUGCUGCUGCUCUGGAGCGCCGUGCCACCUUUGAACGCUACCGCUGUCGUGAGGAGGGUCUGGUGCCCAGCAAGAGCCCUCCCUCUGAGGCCUGUGCUCCUCUCCUCAUCAGUCUUUCUGCCGUGCUCUAUAAUGGUGCCCUGCCUUGUCAGUGCGACCCCCAGGGCUCAGUGAGUUCUGAGUGUAACCCCCAUGGCGGUCAGUGCCUGUGCAAACCUGCGGUGGUUGGGCGUCGCUGUGACCGCUGUGCCCCUGGCUACUAUGGCUUUGGUCCUGCAGGCUGUCAAGCCUGCCAAUGCAGUCCUGAAGGGGCACUCAGUGGCCUGUGUGAAGGGACUAGUGGGCAAUGCCCUUGCCGAACUGGUGCCUUUGGACUUCGCUGUGACCGCUGCCAGCGUGGUCAAUGGGGAUUCCCUAGCUGCCGGCCAUGUGUCUGCAAUGGGCAUGCCGAUGAGUGUGACACCCACACGGGUGCUUGCCUGGGCUGCCGUGAUCACACAGGGGGCGAGCACUGUGAAAGGUGCAUUGCUGGUUUCCAUGGGGACCCAAGGCUGCCAUAUGGGGGCCAGUGUCGGCCCUGUCCCUGCCCUGAGGGCCCUGGGAGCCAGCGGCACUUUGCUACUUCCUGCCAUCGGGAUGGGUACUCCCAGCAGAUGGUGUGUCACUGCAGGGCAGGCUACACAGGGUUGCGGUGUGAGGCUUGUGCCCCUGGGCACUUUGGGGAUCCAUCACGACCAGGCGGCCAAUGCCAACCAUGUGAGUGUAGUGGGAACAUUGACCCCAUGGACCCUGAUGCCUGUGACCCCCACACGGGGCAAUGCCUACGCUGCUUACACCACACAGAGGGGCCUCACUGUGCCCACUGCAAACCUGGCUUCCAUGGACAAGCUGCCCGACAGAGCUGUCACCGAUGUACCUGCAACCAAUUGGGCACAGAUCCCCAGCAGUGCCCAUCCACCGACCAGUGCCACUGUGACCCAAGCAGUGGGCAGUGCCCUUGCCUUCCCAAUGUCCAGGGCCCUAGCUGUGAUCGCUGUGUCCCAAACUACUGGAACCUUACCAGUGGCCAUGGCUGCCAGCCCUGUGCCUGCCACCCAAGCCGAGCCAGAGGCCCCACCUGCAAUGAGUUCACAGGGCAGUGCCACUGCCAUGCUGGCUUCGGUGGGCGAACCUGUUCUGAGUGCCAGGAGCUCCACUGGGGAGACCCUGGGUUACAGUGCCGUGCCUGUGAUUGUGACCCUCGUGGAAUAGACACACCUCAGUGUCACCGCUCCACAGGCCACUGCAGCUGCCGCCCAGGCGUGUCUGGUGUGCGCUGUGACCAAUGUGCCCGGGGCUUCUCGGGUGUCUUUCCUGCUUGCCACCCCUGCCAUGCAUGCUUCGGGGACUGGGACCGCGUGGUACAGGACUUGGCUGCCCGUACACGGCGCCUGGAGCAGCGGGUGCAGGAGCUGCAGCAGACGGGUGUGAUGGGUGCCUUUGAGAGCAGCUUCUGGAAGAUUCAGGAGAAGCUGGGCAUUGUGCAGGGGAUUGUGGGUGCCUGCAACACCUCAGCUGCCUCCACUGCACAGCUUGUGAAGGCCACAGAGGAUCUGCGGCGUGAAAUCGGGGAGGCCACUGAGCAUUUGACCCAGCUGGAGGCAAAACUGACAGAUGUGCAGGAUGAGAACUUCAAUGCCAACCAUGCACUAAGCAGUCUGGAACGAGACGGGCUUGCACUUAAUCUUACGUUGCGGCAGCUUGAUCAGCAUCUGGACCUGCUCAAGCAUUCAAAUUUCCUGGGUGCCUAUGACAGCAUCCGCCAAGCCUAUAGCCUAUCUGCAGAAGCAGAACGUCGUGCUAACACCUCGGCUCUGACAGUGCCCAGUCCUGUGAGCCACUCAGCAGGCACCCGGCGCCGAACAGAGAUGCUGAUGGAAACCCAGAGGGACAACUUCAACAGAAAACACCUGGCCAACCAACGGGCACUUGGCGAUCUCUCUGCACGAACCCAUGCCCUGAGUCUGACAGGCAUAAAUGAAUUGGUUUGUGGGUCCCCAGGAGAUCUACCCUGUGCUACAAGCCCUUGUGGAGGUGCUGGCUGUCGGGAUGAGGAUGGGCAGCCUCGCUGUGGGGGCCUGAGCUGCAGUGGGGCAGCAGCCGUUGCAGACCUGGCUUUGGGUCGAGCCCGGCACACACAGGCAGAGCUGCAGCGGGCACUGGAAGAAGGUGGUGGCAUCCUCAGUCAGGUGGCUGAAACCCGUCGGCAAGCAGGCGAGGCACAGCAGCGGGCCCAGGCGGCACUGGACAAGGCUAAUGCUUCCAGAGGACAGGUGGAGCAGGCCAACCAGGAACUUCGGGAACUUAUCCAGAGUGUGAAGGACUUCCUCAGCCAGGAAGGGGCUGAUCCAGAUAGCAUUGAGAUGGUAGCCACACGGGUGCUGCAGCUCUCCAUCCCAGCAUCACCUGAGCAGAUCCAGCACCUGGCGGGCGAGAUUGCAGAACGGGUCCGGAAUCUGGAAGAUGUGGAUGCGAUUCUGGCGCGUACUAUGGGGGAUGUGCGUCGGGCUGAGCAGUUGCUACAAGAUGCACAGCGGGCACGGAGCCGGGCUGAGGGUGAGAAACAGAAGGCAGAGACAGUACAGGCAGCACUGGAGGAGGCCCAGCGGGCACAGGGCAUUGCUCAGGGUGCCAUCCAGGGGGCAGUGGUUGACACACAGGACACAGAACAGACCUUGCACCAGGUACAGGAGAGGAUGGCAGGUGCAGAGCAGGCACUGAGCUCUGCUGGUGAGCGAACUCAACAGUUGGAUGGUCUCCUGGAAGCUCUAAAAUUGAAACGAGCAGGAAAUAGCCUGGCUGCCUCUAGCGCUGAAGAAACUGCCAGCAAUGCCCAGGGUCGUGCCAGGGAGGCUGAGCAGCUGCUGCAGGGCCCACUAGGUGACCAGUACCAGACAGUGAAGGCCCUUGCUGAGCGCAAGGCCCAGGGUGUGCUGGCUGCCCAGGAGCGGGCAAAGCAACUACGGAAUGAAGCUCAGAGCCUGUUGCAGGCUGCUCAGGACAAGCUACAGCGGCUGCAAGAGCUGGAAGGCACCUAUGAGGAGAAUGAACGUGCACUGGAGGGCAAAGCAGCCCAGCUGGACGGGCUGGAGGCCAGGAUGCGUAGCGUGCUUCAAGCCAUCAACUUGCAGGUUCAGAUCUACAACACCUGCCAGUGACCCCGGCCUGAGGCCUUCCCACUUCCCAGCCCCCGGCCCGGCCCAGCUCUGCACACGGUGCUGCCCAUGCAUGGAAUAGUUCCCAGCUUGGCAAGGCCCCCAAUAAACAGAUGCGAAUCCC